CCGGGCUCUGAGGGACGCGGCCAGACCUCGGCGGGCCCCGCGAGCACUACACGCCGUCGCCCGAGCGUCGGGGGGCGCCCGGAGAUGCGGGUUUGCCUGCAAUGAGACUUUACUCUCUACACUUACAGAACAUUCUUUCUGAGCUGCUGUGAAUAAAUUUGGAAUGAUAUUGUUUAUUUUCAACUAAUGGAGAACUAACUGUAUCUUGAACAAGGAUUGCUGUACUGGACAACUUCAGAACAUUGCUCACAAUGUCAUCAAACAGGAGUCAGAAUCCUCAUGGACUGAAGCAGAUUGGCCUUGACCAGAUCUGGGAUGACCUCAGAGCUGGAAUUCAGCAAGUGUACACCAGACAAAGCAUGGCAAAGUCCAGAUACAUGGAACUCUACACUCAUGUUUAUAACUACUGUACUAGUGUGCAUCAGUCCAACCAAGCCCGGGGUGCUGGAGUCCCUCCUUCCAAGUCAAAAAAGGGGCAGACUCCUGGGGGAGCUCAGUUUGUCGGCUUGGAGUUAUACAAGCGAUUGAAGGAGUUUUUGAAGAAUUACUUGACAAAUCUUCUUAAGGAUGGAGAAGAUUUAAUGGAUGAAAGUGUACUGAAGUUCUACACUCAGCAGUGGGAAGAUUACCGAUUCUCCAGCAAAGUGCUGAAUGGAAUCUGUGCCUACCUCAAUAGACAUUGGGUUCGCCGUGAAUGUGAUGAAGGACGAAAAGGAAUAUAUGAAAUCUAUUCACUUGCAUUGGUGACAUGGAGAGAUUGUUUGUUCAGGCCAUUGAAUAAACAGGUAACAAAUGCUGUUUUAAAACUGAUUGAAAAGGAAAGAAAUGGCGAAACCAUCAAUACAAGACUGAUUAGUGGAGUUGUACAAUCUUAUGUGGAAUUGGGGCUGAAUGAAGAUGAUGCAUUUGCAAAGGGCCCUACGUUAACAGUGUAUAAAGAAUCCUUUGAAUCUCAAUUUUUGGCUGACACAGAGAGAUUUUAUACCAGAGAAAGUACUGAAUUCUUACAGCAGAACCCAGUUACUGAAUAUAUGAAAAAGGCUGAAGCUCGCUUACUUGAGGAGCAGCGGAGAGUUCAGGUUUACCUGCAUGAGAGCACACAAGAUGAACUAGCACGGAAAUGUGAGCAGGUCCUCAUUGAAAAACACUUGGAAAUCUUUCACACAGAGUUUCAGAAUUUGUUGGAUGCUGACAAGAAUGAAGAUUUGGGCCGCAUGUAUAAUCUUGUAUCUAGAAUUCAGGAUGGCCUAGGAGAAUUGAAAAAACUACUAGAAACACAUAUUCAUAAUCAGGGUCUUGCAGCAAUCGAGAAGUGUGGAGAAGCCGCUCUAAAUGACCCCAAGAUGUAUGUGCAGACAGUGCUGGAUGUUCAUAAAAAGUACAAUGCCCUGGUGAUGUCCGCAUUCAACAACGAUGCUGGCUUCGUGGCUGCACUUGAUAAGGCUUGUGGUCGCUUUAUAAACAACAAUGCAGUUACCAAAAUGGCCCAGUCAUCCAGUAAAUCCCCUGAGCUGCUUGCUCGAUACUGUGACUCCUUGUUGAAAAAAAGUUCUAAGAACCCAGAAGAGGCAGAACUAGAAGACACCCUCAAUCAAGUGAUGGUGGUCUUCAAGUACAUUGAAGACAAAGAUGUAUUUCAGAAGUUCUAUGCAAAGAUGCUUGCCAAGAGACUGGUACAUCAGAACAGUGCGAGCGAUGAUGCUGAAGCAAGCAUGAUCUCCAAGUUAAAGCAAGCUUGUGGUUUUGAGUACACUUCCAAACUUCAGCGAAUGUUUCAAGAUAUUGGUGUAAGCAAAGAUCUGAAUGAACAGUUCAAGAAGCACUUGACGAAUUCAGAACCGCUGGACUUGGACUUCAGUAUUCAGGUCCUGAGUUCUGGAUCGUGGCCCUUUCAGCAGUCUUGCACAUUUGCCUUGCCUUCAGAGUUGGAGCGCAGUUAUCAGCGAUUCACAGCUUUCUACGCCAGCCGUCACAGUGGCAGAAAAUUGACAUGGUUGUAUCAACUGUCCAAAGGGGAACUAGUCACUAACUGCUUCAAAAACAGAUACACUUUGCAGGCGUCCACAUUCCAGAUGGCCAUCCUGCUUCAGUACAACACAGAAGAUGCCUAUACUGUGCAGCAGUUGACUGACAGCACGCAAAUUAAAAUGGACAUUUUGGCACAAGUCCUACAGAUUUUACUGAAGUCGAAAUUGCUGGUCUUAGAAGAUGAAAAUGCCAAUGUUGAUGAGGUGGAAUUGAAGCCAGACACCUUAAUAAAGUUGUAUCUUGGUUAUAAAAAUAAGAAAUUGAGGGUUAAUAUCAAUGUACCAAUGAAAACUGAACAGAAGCAGGAACAAGAAACCACACACAAAAAUAUAGAGGAAGACCGCAAACUACUGAUUCAGGCGGCCAUCGUAAGAAUCAUGAAAAUGAGGAAGGUCCUGAAACACCAGCAGUUACUUGGUGAAGUCCUCACUCAGCUGUCGUCCAGGUUCAAACCUCGGGUCCCAGUGAUCAAGGUCCCUCCUAGUGAAGCUUUUCCAAGGAGGCUGCCAUAUUCACCCCAGGAUGUCCCCGGAAGGAGGGCCGAGGCCAGGGGUUGAAGGUUCUCAUCUUCCUCAGAUCCAGUCCAGCCCAGGGGCAUCCUCAGACCUCCAGGGACUCUGCCACAAGGCACUGCACCGACCUUUGCUCUCAAUCUCCAUUUCCUGGCUAAAGGGCAAGAGGAUUGCAGAGGAGGUGAUGGAAUCUUCAGUCAGUCUCAGCGCUGUCACUCUACCCCUUGGUUCAUUUUCCUAAGGAUGCCCUCAGGGUUCUAUCUCUAUGCUAAAGUCUAAGCCAGUGAAAUGCUGAAGAGCCUGGCAAGAAUGCACUUAGGUUCCCACGCUUUAUUUUUGGGGUAGGGGACACAGUUGUACUUAUCAAUCUCAGGCUUGCACAUUAGGCAACUUAUGUACCACUAAGCAACAUUGUUAGCCCUCUGCUUUAGAUAGAAAUGUUUCUAACUGGGGAUCCCAGGCUGGCCUCAAACUUGUGACCUUGGUUCUGUGUCCCCAGUGCUGGGAUUAUAGGCAUGCUUCAUCACAGUCCAUUCCUCCAUGUCUCAUAGUUUGUCUGUCAGUCUUAAUAAUUAUUAAGUCUCAGUAUAUAAACCAGGUAAAAGCAAGUGAGCCAGCCAUGUGUUCCCUUUAGGGUGGCUCUAUAGGGUUCUAGAGAUCCACAGACACAAUCUGAGAACUCUCCUAUUAAUUUGCAAACUGAAUGAUGCUUACAGCUUGCUUGUCCUAACAGUUCAUUUGUUCAUUUUUAUAUCUGAGACAAACAUGCUGUUUAAAAAAAAAAAAGAAAGAAAAGCACCAUGGGCCUGCUUUAAGAAUUUGUUUUAAGUCCAUGAAGAAUAGGGACAAGGACAAGCAAGUUUGGCUGAACUCUUCAAAUGCUUUUGGGUAAGUACACAGGAUCUAGUCUGCAGGCUCAGCUAGGGCAGAGCUAAGCUCACCUUGUAGAAGGUAUGUGUUUAUUCAGCUUCCUGCUCUGCUGCGAUUCUUCCUUGCCAUAACUGAUUCGAACCCUUCUAGAACCCAAAUAAGCUCUUUGUUCUGUAAAUCAA